UGUUACAACUAUGCCGAGCUGAAAUAUCGAAUUCAUUACCAAAAUGGUACGAGGCCAAUCUCAUAAACGAAUCCAGUUACCAACCGAAACCAAUAACGGAAAUAUUUACGACCCCUAAAACGUUAUCAUCUCAUCCCAUCGUAGUUGCAACCUCACCUACAACUUCCGUAACCGAAAAGGAUCUUUCAACCUUAUCUUCGACAUCGUCGAGUCAGGCCUCUGUGGAGGAAUCGACUACAGAAGAUACCACGAGGAGAGUUUUGCCCAUAGACAGAAAUGCUUCAAUAUUACCUAGGCCUCAAGAUGAAAGAGAACAGAGAGUGAUAUACCAGCCUCAACCACGACCAAUUCAAGUUAUAUCUGCGCAAAGUCUUCCAGAACGCCCUAUGCCUCAAUUACAAUCAUUUCCUCAAUUUCAAGCAUCGCCCCAGCAACAGCCAUCAACCGGGCAGCCUAAUUACUUCCUUAUAUAUCAGCAAGCUCCGCUAUCUAUUCAACAAUAUCAACAAUAUAUAAGAAGAAGAAGAAGAAGAACCUAA